AUGCAUUCAGAUGGUAACUGAAAUUUUAUUUAUUUACAAAGUACUUGCUAAAAAUUCUUGUGUGUUUUUUUUUUUGCAAAGAUCGGUUGCGUAGCAAAAAAGAGGUUAAAACCGGGUCCAAGUCUCCUCUGCUCACUCGGGUAGUGCGAACUCUCUUGGGAACGAGGCUGUUCAACAUAAGCUUUUAGGCGGUGAUCAUGGCUAAAACGUUUUUCAAGUAAAGGCAAAAACUUAAAAUCUCUGUCAGAAAUUAAUAUUCGUCUUGCUUAUUAAAGAAUCGUAUUAUUUCUCCUUUCUAUAUUUUCUAUAGUUUUAAGUUAUGUUAGUUUAGGAAGCAUUGUCAAUGUUUUACAUUCAAAAUAUGCAAUAAAAGUCAUGCUAAAAUGUACUAGCCACGAAGAUAUGUAUGGUGAUCAUUAAUUUCGAAAAAUUAGCAUAACGUCAAAACAGUGAAUCUUGUAAAGCGGAUUUUUGGUCGGUUCCUGGGCCAGGUUCGUCUUAAAAUUUCAAGGUGCUGCAGUGAAUCAAUCUCAAUAAAAGUUGCGGACAUUAAUAUAUACAUCAUCGAGAUUGUGUGAUGAGGUUUAAAAAGAAUUUUGUCGAGCCGUUUUUGAGAUAUAUAGGAAAGCGCUAAAAGUUCAACCGCGUGCAACAAAGGAAAUAGGAGACGUCUGCACGCAGGCAACACGUGCAAUGUUGUUGUUUUGCAUAUUAAACCUUGUUGGCCACUAAUUCAAGAGGUUUACUUACUAGAAAAUUAAGAGAUGAUGAUCAUUUUCCUUGGCUAAAUGUCUUUGAGGCUUGUUGGGGAUUACUGAAAACACUUUUCGUCAAAAAUUCAUACCUCUACUCAACUUUCCCUUUGCUUCCAUCCAGGUUUUGGUUCUUCAGCGGAAAUGCACUACGAUACAACUCUUCAAGAGGCUGUUUUCCGUGGUCUGAAAUACCACUCGAAUGAAUUGUCAAAAACCGUUAAAUUCGUCAGGCUGAUUGCAAAUUACUUGCAUGAAGAUUACAAGAGUGUUUUCUACGAAAAGGCGCAGAACCUGGGCCGAGUUCUAUGCAAAGCUUACGACGAGGCCUUUGAAAAGUAUGACGUGUUAAUUCUACUCACCAUUCCAAAGAAGGCACCAGUCUUCCCGCAACAGAAUCCUUCCCUGAAAGGUAAUGUUGUGACAUUCGUUUAUAUGCUCCUUUACUUUGCCGGACUCAACAGUUUAGAAAGAUGAGAGAAGUUGGAGCUCUGUUCAUAUCCGUACCGUCAGUGUCGGUGUGUACAAUUCGCCACUUUAGAAACGAGAGGGAACUGGGCCGAGUUAACUCUCGCAAGCUUGUUAUGUCCAACAGGAGUCGAUGUAAACCAAAUUGCAAAAAUUAACAGUGAAAAUAAAAAUAUGAAACAAAACUGAAACUUCUAAUUACCGUCUCCGGCUUGCGACCAUUAAAACUGACUGACAUUUUUAUCCUCUUGCACCCGAAUUGUAAAUGAUCUAUAUUUAUAGGUAUCAUACCUUCAUCCGUAGACUUGUAUUUCUGUCGUGGAGUGAGGUAGAAGACAUUGUUUUCUAAAGUCUCCCACUAACUCUUCCAAAUUCAACUCAGGGGAAAAAGGCUCCUGAGGGAGAGUAUUUUGCGUUAGGAAAAUUUCGUCGUCACUAUCCAUUGCCGCUCUCACAAGUGUGCUGGUCCCCCAAAAAAUACCAAGACAAAAAUAAAAAAACACAAAAGGUUUGAAAUUUGAUUUUGUCGGCUUAGCAAACAAACAAUGCGCUAUUGCUCUCCGUUUCUCACCUAAGUGAGAACAAGUGGUUUGAACAAAUUAUGACCCGUGAAACGCCCUUUCUCGAUGCUGUGUGAAAACCUUUACAAUACUUACAAUGAAAUACGUCAUUGUCUGCGGUCGGAUCAAAAAAUGACAAACAAACAGAUGUCAGAAAGAACUGGCCAAUUAUUGCCCUGUGAAAGACGACCUUUAUGUAACCUAUACCUCAUGAAUGAUAUCAUGAAAUAAGUUAGAUAAACCCCUCGAACGUCGGUAUUAAUCCAUAUACAUCCCGAGGGCCGUUGCGCUUCGAGUAAGUUAUUGUUUUUUUUUUAUGAGCUGCUGAUUGGCCGACAACAAACUUUCUUGGAAUGUAUUGUUAUUUUCCUGUAAUCCAAUUGGUAAACUUUGUCUAAGUGGCCCCGGCUAGUAGUCGCCCAGCUGUCUUCAAUUUAGCAAAAGUCAAAAGUCCUUCAACGUCACAGGUCACCCAGCUCUGACAAUCAACGCAGGCUUCAGGGAUGGCUUGCCAAUUGGAAUGAUGAUCGUUGGAAGAAAGUUUGAUGAAGCCACUGUUCUUAAUGUUGCCUAUGCUUAUGAGAAGAUCAGAGAUUAA